AUGGGGGAGAAAAAACUCUCCGAAGAAGAAGAAGAAAACAGAACUCACGACAACGAGGAUCCAACGUGCGAAUUACGGACACGGAGGUUCUCGGAUAUUCGUGAUCUUGUGAGGAUAGGCUACGCAUGCGCGAUCAUCAAAACGCCAGGCCGGCCAAUUCUGGGCCACCCGCGCGUCAAGUUGCAUCACGAUAUCGAUCCUGCUACAGAUGCCUGCCGACUAGAUUUGCGUGUCAAUAACGUAAUCAGCAACAUCACUCUCUAUACUCCAUUGACUCAUUUAUCUUGCCAAUCGGAGAAACAUGUGCUGCACUUUCCACGCGACACCGCGGCAGGAAGAUACAUAUCUAGCAUAGUUGGCGGGCAGGUUGGGCAGAAUCUCAUCCACACACCUCUCUUGACGACAAAUCGGAAAGGUCCAGUUUCUAGUUCGCAGCUUUUUCAGCCCAAACACUGUAUGAACGGUCUAGACGGCCAGCAAACUUGUGGGAUGGCUCAGCACAUUACUCGCACAGCCUCAAGCUCGGACAAGCCUGGAUGA